AUGAGAUCCAGUCAGUCUUCGUGGUUCCCUCGUAUAGGGCUACUUUACGUAGCUUUGAUCUUGUUGAUACCGUUUUUGGUUUCCCCUAGAAGUGGCGGUCCAUUUGCAGUUGCCGCUGCCGCGGCAGACGACGACAAUGUGACAGAUAACUACGGCACAGUUAUUGGUAUCGAUUUGGGUACCACGUACUCGUGUGUCGGAGUCAUGAAGAACGGGAAAGUGGAAAUAUUGGCCAACGACCAAGGCAACAGAAUUACUCCGUCAUACGUGUCGUUUAACGCUGAGGAAAGGUUGGUUGGCGAUGCAGCUAAAAAUCAAGCAGCCUCGAAUGUCAACAAUACCGUGUUUGACAUUAAGAGACUAAUUGGCUUGAAGUACAAUGACGACACUGUCCAAAAGGAGUUGAAGCAUUUGCCAUACACCAUUGAAAACAAGGGCAAUAAGCCCGUGGUUAAGGUUGAAUUUAAUGGCGAAGAAAAGACUUUUUCUCCAGAGGAAAUCUCGGGAAUGAUUUUGGGUAAGAUGAAGAACAUUGCUGAAGAGUAUCUCGGUAAAAAAGUGACUCACGCUGUUGUUACCGUGCCAGCCUACUUCAACGACGCUCAAAGACAAGCAACCAAGGAUGCCGGUACCAUUGCCGGCUUGAACGUCUUGAGAAUUGUUAACGAGCCCACUGCGGCAGCAAUUGCCUAUGGAUUGGACAAGACCAAUGAGGAGAAGCAAAUUAUCGUUUACGACUUGGGUGGAGGCACUUUUGAUGUUUCCUUGUUGUCGAUUGAAGGCGGUGUUUUCGAAGUGUUGGCUACUGCUGGUGAUACCCACUUGGGUGGUGAAGAUUUCGACCACAAGAUUGUGAGAUACUUGGCUAAGCAAUUCAAGAAGAAGCACAAUAUCGACAUUAGUACCAAUGCUAAAGCGAUUUCCAAAUUGAAGAGAGAAGCAGAAAAGGCCAAGAGAACUUUGUCAUCACAAAUGUCGACUAGGGUUGAAAUUGACUCGUUUGUUGACGGUAUUGACUUUUCAGAAACCCUUUCAAGAGCCAAGUUUGAAGAGUUGAACAUUGCCGCUUUUAGAAAGACGUUGAAACCAGUUGAACAAGUUUUGAAAGAUGGAAACGUUAAAAAGCUGGAAAUUGAUGAUAUUGUCUUGGUUGGUGGUUCCACAAGAAUCCCCAAGGUGCAAGAAUUGUUGGAGCAAUUCUUUGACGGCAAGAAGGCCUCCAAGGGUAUCAACCCCGAUGAAGCUGUUGCUUAUGGUGCUGCUGUUCAAGCCGGUGUCUUGAGUGGUGAAGAAGGUGUCGAUGACAUUGUCUUGUUGGAUGUCAAUCCAUUGACUUUGGGUAUCGAGACCUCGGGCGGGGUCAUGACCACUUUGAUCAAGAGAAACACUGCUAUCCCAACCAAGAAAUCCCAGAUUUUCUCCACCGCUGCUGACAACCAGCCAACUGUUUUGAUCCAAGUCUACGAAGGUGAAAGAACCAUGGCUAAGGAUAACAACAAGUUGGGUAAGUUUGAGUUGACCGGUAUCCCACCCGCACCAAGAGGUGUUCCACAAAUCGAGGUCACUUUCUCCUUGGAUGCAAAUGGUAUCUUGAAAGUUGAAGCUGCUGACAAGGGAACUGGUAAAUCCGAAAGUAUCACCAUCACCAAUGAAAAGGGCAGAUUGUCCAAGGAUGAAAUUGACAGAAUGGUUGAAGAAGCCGAGAAAUACGCUCAACAGGAUCAAGAGUUGAAGGAAAAGAUUGAAGCUAGAAACUCGUUGGAAAACUAUGCUCAUCUUUUGAAGGGCCAAUUGAAUGACAAGUCGGAAACUGGCUUGGGCUCCAAAUUGAACGAAGACGACAGAGAGACCUUGGACGACGCCAUUAAGGAAACCUUGGAGUUUAUCGAGGAUAACUUUGACACUGCUACAAGCGAAGAGUUUGAAGAACAAAAACAGAAGUUGGUCGAUGUUGCUAACCCAAUCACUGCCAAAUUAUACGGAGGUGCUGCUGCUGGAGACGAAGGUGCAGGUGCAAAAGCCAGCGGCGACGCCAAGUUUGGUGACGACGAUUCAGAUGAUGAGAUAGAUCAUGACGAGUUGUAA